GUCAAAGUUAGCUGUGAGGGACAAGGGUCAAGGCCCGCAACUAGGCAAAGGCUGUUUGUUUAUUUGGGUUGCGAUGAGGACUUGGUACCGAGCUAAGUUUACACGUCAAUCCAACAACAAACGCUGUCAUUACAGAGCAGGUUUUAAGAGGAACACAAUGGGUGCAUUUCUGGACAAACCAAAGAUGGAAAAGUACAAUUCCCAUGGUGAGGGUAACAACCUGAGGUAUGGGCUGAGCAGCAUGCAAGGUUGGCGGGUAGAGAUGGAGGAUGCACACACAUCAGUAAUUGGUCUGCCCCAUGGUCUCGACCUCUGGUCAUUCUUUGCCGUUUACGAUGGGCAUGCCGGCUCUCAGGUGGCCAAGUACUGCUGUGAGCACCUGUUGGAGCACAUCACCAGCAACUCAGACUUCCAGAGUGCUCUGCAGGCGGACCCCUCUGUAGAUAGCGUGAAGACCGGGAUCCGCACAGGAUUCCUGCAGAUUGACGAACACAUGCGAACCAUCUCUGAGAAGAAGCACGGCGUGGACCGCAGUGGCUCCACUGCUGUGGGAGUGAUGCUUUCUCCAAGCCAUACCUACUUUAUCAACUGUGGCGACUCGCGGGGGAUCCUCAGCCGGGGUGGAGCUGUGCACUUCUUUACACAAGAUCACAAACCCAGCAACCCUCUGGAGAAGGAAAGGAUCCAGAACGCCGGUGGCUCAGUCAUGAUCCAGCGAGUUAAUGGGUCCUUAGCAGUCUCUCGGGCUCUUGGAGACUUCGACUACAAGUGUGUGCAUGGAAAAGGCCCGACAGAGCAGCUGGUUUCUCCUGAGCCUGAAGUUUAUGCAAUAGAAAGAUGUGAAGGGGAAGAUGAAUUCAUUAUACUCGCUUGUGAUGGCAUCUGGGAUGUCAUGGCCAAUGAGGAACUCUGUGACUUUGUCCGGUCAAGGCUAGAGGUGACAGAUGAUCUUGAAAGAGUCAGCAAUGAAAUUGUUGACACCUGCUUGUAUAAGGGAAGCCGGGACAAUAUGAGUGUUGUUAUAAUCUGCUUUCCCGGAGCCCCAAAGGUAUCUCCAGAAGCAGUGAAACGAGAGGCUGAGCUGGAUAAAUACCUGGAAGCCAGAGUGGAAGAGAUCCUUAAGAAGCAUGGGGAUGAAGGUGUCCCAGAUUUGGUCCAUGUUAUGCGAACGUUAGCGUCUGAGAGCAUCCCGAAUCUCCCACCUGGAGGAGAGCUGGCAAGCAAACGAAGUGUUAUUGAAGCGGUGUACAACAAGCUCAACCCCUACCGAAGUGAUGACACAGACUCUGCGUCCACAGACGACAUGUGGUAACACAACCUCCUACCACUAACACAGCAUAGAGUUUACAAACCACCAUCCUCUCAAGACCCACAGCAGCUUGGCUCAGCAGUCUGUCUCGCCGUCACUCUGAGCUUUUGGUUUUCUAAGAAGGGAAUUUCAUGGGAGGAGAAGGAGGAGGAAGAGGAGUUGCAUGCACACAAACCUGGAAUAGUGCAGCACCAGUCCACUCUGGAGUUCAGGAUCCUCACCGUCUUGUCUCCCAUUUAUGUUCACCCACCUAAAUACUCUCCUCUAAAGUAAUCCAUAACAAGUGAGUCCACAAGGUUUUCUUUUUUUUUUUGUUAAAUAAUCAGCUUAAGUAGUACUUUUUUUUGUUGCUGUAAUUAAUUUGAUUCACAUUUCCUUGUGUGUGUUUGUAUAUUUCUGUUUUUGUGAAGUGCAAUUGUCCUGUACAAACAGCCUGUAUUUAAUGCAGCUUGAUUUUAAGUUAAAAAAUUAAAGAAAUGAAAAAGAGAACCUUUUAUGCACUAUCUGCCUUUUCCUGCUCUUCUGGAAUUCUAACAAAUGUCUGUUCAGUGGAUAUUACUGCUUGUCCUCCAGACACAAUGUCUCUGCUCUCUCACUUUCCUUUCUCUCCCUUUUCAGUUAGUCUCUGCUCCUUUAAGAAACGGGUAAAUUGUAUAGUUGACAGCACAGUAAGCUCUCUAUAUCAAAACCAUUUAAAUCCUAAUUAUUUUUUUCCCUGUGCUUUUUUUUAAAAUUGUAUUUUAUUUUUGUAAGUGGCUUUCUGUACAUGCUCAAAUAAUAAUUGCAAUGUGUUUCUUGGUCAUUUUGGGAAGUGUGAAGCGAAACAAACAUCUUUUUUUUUUAUUUCUUUCGAGGCGUAUGAUUAAAAAAAGAAGAUAAUACCCCUGUUAACAUGUUUGUCUGUGCGGAUAGAUACUUGCAAGCGUGCGUGGGUGCUUGUGUGUAUGUAUGUGCGCACGUGUGUUAGUGUAAAGGCAAUGCCAUUUGCUGAGGUGGUUCAGACAACAGACCAGGCUGGAGUUUUAAGGGAAUUGCCCACUGCUUAUUCAUGUCUGCCCUUUUUCUUUCAGCCGGUGCUCCAUAUCAACCCAAGAUAGGCUCUCACUACUUCUAAUUACAAAAAGCUUUGGUUAACAGAGUCUAAAUGCUGUUACGCUGUUUGAACAACUUCAAGCUAUAAAUCACAACUAUACUGUAACCUGACACACGUAGCUCAAUUUAACCAUGGUGUUUCAGUGGUUUGCAGGUUUUCAAUCAUUGACCCAUUUACACAUCUGUUGUCAUAUUUUAAUAACAUGUUCUAAAGAUUAAUUGUAAGCAGUGCCCACUGUGGGUGCCAUAUGAUUUAUGAUCACUUGUUUCAGCUUUACAACAGCCUAUGCCAAGUUUUUAUUUUGUUUUUCAUGAGAUUCUUUUUUUGUACGUGGUACACAUAGAAUUUUUGCUUCUACUUUUUUAUCAUCUGAUCAUUUGACUGAUGUGAACAGUUUAAGCACUGACUGUUUUAAAGAAAACCGCCCAUCACUAGGUUGAAAAUAGGAGCAACAUGGUCUUUGUUUGGACUUUCAAACCAAGAACAAAUCCUCUAACUGCAAUGAGUUCUCAUGGUUGUAUAGCACUUUCUUUAGUUCCCAUCUGGUUUGCUCUGCUUCAAAGCCUCCCCCUGCGCCACCACAAGCCAGAGCACAAUACAGUUCGCUGCUAUAGUGUAUGAUCUGUGGGUUCUUUCUUUCAGUUAACCCCCCCCUACUCCUAAAAACACAAAUAGUCAUUGACUAAUUCUGUAUCUAACACACACACGCUAGGUAGAUUUCUUGAAGAGAAAUGGUUUUAUUUCAAAUUUUAUUUUCUGCCAUUUUUUUUGUCAACUGCAUUGUUGGAAAUUUAUGUAUGUAUAUAUUUUUGACUUCAACUUUCAAGGAAUAAAUCAUGUUGCUUGAGUUAGUUUUUUGCCAUGGACAAAAUAUGAUUCUGGUUGGUCUCGGAAUGUUUAGUUGCAUUUUAUUAUGUGUUCUGGCAAACAACUUUGGUGUCCCCCUUAGCAACACUGAAGGUUUCAUUUAGAUAAUACACACUAAUGUGUUAUGUUUGUAAUUCUUCAUUCAUCAAAAUGACAAUCCUAACAAUUUUACUCCAUUCAGACUUGUGGCAUGUAGCAAAUUAUAAAAUCUUAAACAAAAACACACUAAUUUAGACUGUAAUCCUAAAUUAUCUGCUCCCUAAAAUCCCUUUGUGGCAAAAAAAAAAAAAAAAGUCCAAAGACCAUUUUGUAUUUAGGAAGUCUAUAUAACUAGACACAAAAAAUAUAAAGGAGAAACUAGCUGUAACCCCUGGAAAAAUGUCAGUGUGCUCUAAAGCAACCUCAUUGUGAACUUUUUAGUUGCCGCUCCUCAAGGUACUCUGUGGAGAUUUUGACCACUGGUGUUGCUGUAGAGACACGUUUUGAUCAUUCUACUUGCACAAAGACGCACAUACAGUACACAAGAUGAGAAUGCCCUUCCGUGGACUGCAGGGUCAGUAAUGUGUAUCCACAGUUGGUUUGAUUGUUACGUGGUAUACAAGUGCCACUAAACCAAUUAAAGAGUAGGAUUUUAAAAGACGAAAAUAGCCUUUAAAAAUGUUGCGUUAGGUAACAUUUGCGAGGUGUUGAAUCUAAACCAAGCUCUGUGUUCAGAGUUGAAACGUCCUAAUACCUUUGAACAGUCAACUUAUAAAAACACGAAUAACCGUCAUAAUUCAGUGUAACAUCAGAAAAUGGAUUUCUCUGUUUGCAUGAAAAUGUUGUUUCACUAAAUAUUGCUUCCCAUGAAAAAGCAACAAAAACAAACUGUAAAAAAUGUCUUUCAAUUCACAUCUUUCUGGUUUAAGAUCACAGUAUUGUAUUACCACCACAAUACUCCGUGAUACUUUUAAACGUAGUGUGCUCACAUCGUGAAAACUCAUUUCACUCUGUUUGUGAAAAAAAAAAAAAACCUUGUUGGUGUGUUUGAAAACAUACUUUAAAAAAAUAUUUUUUUAGACAGGCAGCUUAUAUUUGACCUCUGAACUCUUAUUCUCACUGCAUCGCCUGUAUUUGUGCACAAAACGUCUCAUCAAACCAGCACCAAGCUGAUGUGUUGUGUUGCUGACUAUUAAAGCGACUUAAAAAAAAAAUCUUCAGGCUUGAUAAAGAACAAACAUGUUUUCUUGGAUUUUCAGGCCGUUGAUACCCCAACUCCCCGAGCUGUCCCGUAGUUUACCCCAUAAUAUAUAAAUCGUGACAUGUCCCUUGAUCGAUGCUGGUUAAUCCCCCAGUUUUAUAACCCACUUAUUCCCCUGAAGGACAAAUGUUGAAAUUAACCUUUUUUAUUUAUUUAAUACAAAAUUGCUGUAGCUGGAAUGUUGUCAGAUAUUGACAGUGGCUUGGCUGUGAUUUGUCACAUCUGGGUGUUUUAUUGAUAUGGUAUGUGAAAAAAAUAAAUUUAGUGCAUCCCUGUGACCUCCCCAUCCCUAAGGGGGGAAAAAAAAGAACCAAAAACAGAAAAAAGCCCCUAAGCAUAUAUUCUCGUUUAAAUUUUUAAUGACCUGAAAUACCUCAUAACAUUUAUAGGAAGUGUUUUUUUGUCUUGAUAUUAUGAGAUCCAAAACUGUUCAUGUUAAUCAGAGCCCGUUUUCUCAUGGCCCUCCCUUAGAAGUUGUGAUUUCUAACACUGAUCUAUUUGAGUGGCACACGCUUCUGCUCGUGUGUAGAAUUUGAAGUGCUGAUGAUAUAUUACUAACUAGGAACACUAUUGGCCUUUGAUAAUAAGCUGACCGGCCCCCUCUCAAGCAGCAGCGCCCUCAGAUGCUCACCUGUGUAGCUGUAUCGAGAGUUCAGGGUAUUUAGAAAUGUGUGAGAGAAUAGGUGUGACUCAAUGAUCGUAGUCAUAUGCACUGAUCAUCUGUAUAAUCAGCUUUUUAUUUCUGAAAGUUGUUAUUGUCGAGGAAAAACUAAUUUUAAAGCUAUUAACAGAGCUACCUUUGGUUGCCUGGAACGCAUCCUGUAUGUUCUUGUACGGCGAACUACCUUGCAGAAGUUGAAGAGAUUUAAAAAACACUUGCGCCCUCUUGUGCACAUCGAUGUACCUCGGUCGUGGCGUUUACUGUGUGACCCCGAGCAGUGGCGGUUUGCGUGUCCCCUCGCAGGGCGACCCGAGCCCCACGUUGCUGACCUUUUCUCAGCUCAUAAAUAAGCUCACCGAUUUGCCUUACCCAAUCUCAUGUUGCCCCCUAAAAUACUUGUUCAACACAAACACUACGAGGAGGAGUAAUGCUGCCGACAUUACGCUCCUCUAGAUUCAAAAGCUCGUCUCCAUGUUAGGGAACUUAAGCUAUCAACAAAGUGACUUUGUCCCGGUUGUCACAAGGUACAACUUUUCCAACCAUCUCUGGUUUGUAUGUUUCAUUUUCCCUCCAUGUUUUCUUUUGUUGAAGUUCGGUCUUGAAAGAUUAUCCAACUCUCCACUGCAGAUGAUGUCAUACCUUUAACAAAUGCAAGUGUUUUAACAUGGUAACCUCGUAAGCAUUCAAAAUCUGCAUACAUACAUUCAUGUCUGCUAUAUUUAUGAUUACAUUCAAGAAUAGCUUUAGAAUGCUGUAGAUAAGUAUUGUCAAUGUCCAUUCAAAUGCUUCAGAGGCCUCUGUGAGUGAUUUUACAAAGUACAAUAACUGUAUAUUUUGUAUUAUGUUCUAGCUCCAAAGGAAUGGCAAAAAAAAGAAAAUGUUUAAAAAAGCUUUGUUCCCUGAACUAAAUUGUACUAUUUGUGUUGUUGAUUGAACAAAUUGCAUUCCUUGCUUGUGAAUUGAUGCAUUUCUCUCCCUGCUCCUUACUUUUUCUCCCAUUCUUUCCCUCCUUUCUUUCAUUUUUUAGCCUUUGAAGUUUGAAUAAAAUUUCUAGUUUGCAGAAUGUAUUACUAAAUAAAUGGGUUGUCAUCUUGUA